AUGCAGAAAAGCUCAAACAGCAACAAAUAUAUUUCUCCUCUGCCCACCACAGUUCACGACCAUCUUCAUACGCUCUACUACCUCCACCACUCGGGUAUUACGAACUUCCCUCGUCAACGCUCCUCAAGUGUUCUUCCGGGUUCCCUCCCUUCUCAGCUUCUGCUCUGUCUCCCACAAACUCUCGCCGUGAUUUGCAAGAGAACGAUAGAUUCCGCAGCGGCAUGUUACACAGAACCUCUUCCUGAUCUCGUCCCUUCAAUCGACAAUAGGACUAUUCCUUGGGGCAGUCCAAGCAUCAACAACGGCAGCUCUACAUGCUGUGUGUCUCUGGAUGAAGUACGAGCUGGAAUCGAUGCUAUCGAUGCCCAACUGUUACAACUUCUAUCGGACAGAGCUGCCUUCGUUCGCGAGGCCACAAGGUUUAAGCCUAUGCACGACCUGGUCGACGUUCCGGCUAGAGACCAACAAGUGAUCGAUCGAGCUGUUGGAGGGGCUCCAGCAGUGCAUCUACCGCAGACCAUAGUGAGAGCCGUCUUCACCGCGAUCAUCAACGCCAGUGUGCCCUUCGAGCUCUGUGUGUUUGACUCUUUCCACGAUGGCGUGGAUUAG